AUGCGCUUCAAAUUUAGCAUAAUUGCUAUUCUUGGACGCGAGAUCGACCCGCCUAGAUCGAACAAUCCACUAAGCUUGCAGUUCCUAGCCACAAGAAUCCAACUAAACAAGCUGAGCUCAUAUAUAUUCUCAAGGCUACCAUGUUCUGAAACUCUUUUGACAUGUCAUUGUUUUCUCUGGUAUUCGCCUCCUCCUCACAUCCACCAUGCAAACCGCCAUGGAAGAAACAGCCUGACGAGGCCACGGUCGUCGGGCAAGAGGAACCACGGGCGACCGCGCCACCGCCAACGACGCCGGGCCGGAGGAAUUGAUGAGAUGGAGAAGGUGGACUGCUAUGUUGUGCCGCAGACCACGGGCACCAGCCGGAACAUCUUCCAGGGCGGCAGCCCGCUGUCGUCGUCGCUGCCCCUCCUCGGCGUGCAGCUCGUCCUCAUCGUCGUCGUCACCCGUGUCCUCUACCUCCUCUGCAGGCCGCUCAAGCAGCCCCGCGUCGUGACCGACAUCAUGGCCGGCAUUAUACUUGGCCCGUCGCUGCUGUGUCGCUACGAGUGGUUCAAGCAGCUGGUGUUCCCGGCGAGGGGGGAGCCGGUGCUGAACACGGUGGCCACGUUCGGCCUCAUGUACGUCAUCUUCCUCAUCGGCGUGCGGAUGGACCCGAUGCAAGCCCUCCGGUCCGGCAAGAAGGGCGUCACGAUCGGCCUCUCCGGCUUCCUCAUCGCGCUGGGCCUGACGGCGUCGGGGUUUUCCGGCGACGCUCUGUCCAAGGAGGAGGAUCAUAUGUCGACGCGGCUCACGUUCCAGUUCGCGCUCGCGGCCACGCUCUCGCUCACGUCCUUCGCGGUGCUCUCGCCGAUCCUCUCUGAGCUCAACCUCCUCAACUCGGACCUCGGCCGCAUCGCCAUGUCGGCGUCCAUGACCACGGACGGCAUCGCGUGGCUCAUCAUGGUGGGAUACGUGCUCGCCGAGGCCUACCUCGUGUCCCCCGCCACGUCGCUCUGGGCCUUCACGUCGGUGGCGGCGCUCGUCGCCUUCAUACUGCUGGUCGUGCGCCCGAUCGCGCUGCUGGUGAUCGAGCGCACGCCGUCGGGCAGCCCGGUGGACGAGGCGUACGUCUUCUUCUUCCUCCUCAUCGUGCUCCUGGUGGGGCUCUACAGCGACAUCAUCGGGACCAACUCGUUCCACGGCGCGCUCAUGCUGGGGCUGGCGAUCCCCGACGGGCCGCCGCUGGGCACGGCGCUCGGCGAGAAGAUCGAGGCCAUGGUGACCGGGCUGAUCCUGCCGCUCUACUACACCAUGACCGGGCUCAGCACCGACAUGUGGGAGAUACACUGGGGGAGGCUGCAGUUGAUCCUGCUCCUUGGGUGGUUCGGGAAGCUCGCCGGCGUCCUGGCGUCGUCGCUGUGCCUUGACAUCCCGCCGCUGGACGCCGUGUCUCUCAGCCUCUUCAUGAACUCCAAGGGCAUCGUCGAGGUCAUCACCUUCAGCUUCUUCGUCACCAACAAGCUGAUCGACAAGCACAUGUUCAGCGAUCUGGUGUUCUCGUCGGUGAUGAUCACGGCGGUGUCGGUGCCGGUGGCGAGCUGUCUGUACGACCCGGCGCGGCGCUACGCCGUGUACAAGCGGCGCACGGUGCAGCACCUCAAGGCGGACGCCGACCUGCGGAUCCUGGCGUGCAUCCACGACGAGUCCCACGUCCAGGGCACGCUGUCGCUGCUGGAGGCGUCGCACGCCACGCCGCAGACGCCCGUCGCCCUCUGCCUCCUCCAGCUCGUCGAGAUCGCCGGCCGCUCCGCGCCGGUGUUCAUACCCCACAAGCUCCGCCGGAGCGCCUCGUCCAGGAUCGGGCCGACGUCGUCGGCCAGCGCGCAGUCCACCGACUCGGACCGCAUCAUCAACGCCUUCCUCCAGUACGAGCAGCGGCACCCGGAGGGCGCCGUGUCCAUGCAGUCCUUCACCACCAUCUCCCCCUACUCCUCCAUGCACGACGAGGUGUGCCGCCUGGCCGUCGACAAGCGCACGUCGCUCAUCCUCCUCCACUACCACAAGCGGCACAUGCUGGCCGGCGGCAUGCGCGCCGCCAUGGGGCUCCGCGUGGUGAACCGCAAGGUGCUGGAGGUGGCGCCGUGCUCCGUGGGGGUCUUCGUCGACCGCAACGCCGGGAGCGUGGGCCUGAGCGCCUUCAUCAUGCAGGACCACCCGGCGUCGUCGUCGUCCGGCGGCCGCCUCGGGUUCCACGCGGCGGUGGCGGCGCUCUUCUUCGGCGGCGGCGACGACCGGGAGGCCCUGGCGUACGUGACGCGCAUGGCGCGGCACCCGGGGUCGAGGGCGGCCGUGAUCCGGUUCCUGCCGACCCGGGGCAUCAAGGACGACCCGGCGGACCGGCGGGUGGACAACAAGGCCAUCGAGGAGGUGAAGGCGCUGGCGGCGCGGAGCAAGUACAUGAACCUGCAGGUGCAGGAGGAGCUGGUGGGCGACAUGGAGAAGAUCGUGGAGGUGCUGAGGGGGCUCGACAAGGCCGGCUACGACCUGGUGAUCGUCGGCAUGCGCCACAGGUGGUACCCGGUGAUGUCGGCCAACGGGCUGUCGGACUGGAGCGAGUGCCCGGAGCUGGGCGUCAUCGGCGACCUGCUCGCGUCGUCCGACUUCGACACGCCCUACUCGGUGCUCAUCAUGAAGCAGCAGGACCAGGGCGGGCUCAACGCCGCCGUGCCGGGCGCCCAGGACGUGUGGCACGGCGACGACGGUGCCGCGGCGCCGACGCCGGAGCGGGUAAUGACCACCGCCGUGUCUAGCAGAUACCGGCAGUAG